CAUCUGGGUUUUCCAAGAUGGCGCAUUGGCUUUCGUUUUGUUGAUGGUUGAUAGGUUCUUUCUGUUUCACAUUACGCAUACACACAAUGUAGAUAUCCUAUACCUAAUAUCUAUGUAAUCACAAAUAAGUAUACACCUGCCCUACCUGUAAUAACCUCCUAUUCGACCUAAAGUAACCUCUUCCGUGUACCUCAACCACCACAACGCUUCAAUGGACUUCACCGAAGGGUGGGACGAUACUUGCUCUACCGUUGGACUAGCUGCGAGAUCUGGUAACUUAACAGAGCUUAGACGUCUCAUCAGUGAAGGGAGGCCCGUCGAUGUUCAAGACAACCGCGGUUGGCGGCCCCUGCACGAAGCUGCAGCGAAGGGCAACGACGUCGGUGUCGUCAAAGAACUUCUAAAGCAUGAAUCAACGGACGUGGACUGGGUGACCUACGAGGGCGAAACUGCGCUUUUGCUGGCUUGCAAGAGACUCAAAGGAAACCUGCUCACUGAAGUUAUAUCUGUCUUGCUUGAAAGUGGAGCCGACGCAAGCAUUGCCGAUAAUGAACGAGACAGCCCUCUGCUUGCAGCCUGCAGAGCUAAAUCUGCCGAUGCGGUGCGUCUCCUACUUACGAAAGGUGGUGCCGACCCAAAUGAAGGAGACUGCGGAGGAUGGCAUCCCCUUCAUGAAGCCGCUUCCCAAGGGGACUUGUCGACUCUUCGUUGUCUCAUCGGGCAAGGAUCGGCCGUCCUGGAUGUCCAGGACGAAUGCCGUAUGACACCAGUCUUUGUGGCGAGCCAGCACGGUCACCUUGAGUGCUUGAAGUGCUUACUAGGGGCGGCCGAAGAAGCUGGAAACAAAUCUCUGGUGGACGUCGGGGCAGAGGACGGAGCGACGCCCCUUAUGAUUGCUGUUCAGAAUGGCCACCUCAACUGCAUGAACUUCUUGUUGUCUCGGGGAGCAGAUCCGGACAAGAGGACCACUGACAAUGUGACGGCGUUGCACCUGGCAGUGCAGUCGAACGCGCUAGAUUGCUUGAACGUGCUGCUAACCCGAAUGGACGUGCAGAAGUUCAUCAGCGGUUGCCUGCUCACGUUUCAAAAGCGGAAACGCCCCUACCCAGGAUCGCCGAUGUUAUCACCCCUACACUUGGCUGUCGAUUGGGGAAGCCACGGCUGUCUGCAAGCGCUUCUCGACGCAGGAUUUCCGGUGGACGGCCUCCUUUUGUCAGCAGACUUGCCUGCACAGCGGCUGCCUCUCGGCGGACCUCCCCGUUAUGAGACGGCUCUUUGCUACGCGGCGUUGAAACAGGAGAUUGUCUCCAUGGAGAUUCUCCUCGCGGCUGGAGCUUGUCCCAACGCGAUUUCUUCGGAAACCAUCAGCCCUCUCUCUGCUGCCCUCACCAGUCCAACAGGCAGGGAAUUAAAGCUCCUCCUCGAACACGGAGCCGAGCUGAACUACCGUCGUGAGGGGUGUGUUCCCACCAACGAGUGCCUCCUGGUUACGAUUGGAGACUACAACUGCCUCGUGAGAGCCCUGAGGCUGGGGCUAGACCUGAGACUCUGUUUCGGCUCUGACGUCGACGACGACACCGAAGCUGCCAGCAUAGCUCCCUUUCUCAAUUCACUGUUUCAUCAAGGCCAAAGUCAGGAACACUGCUUGAGGGUAUUCUGGGUACUCAGGGUCUUCAUGCAGUCGCAGCCUGUCCUCCAAGACAUUGCGUCUGUAGCAUUUAGAAGAGCGAAAACUGCAUUUAGGUCCACGGUAGACACUGCGGCGUGGGUUUCGCUAUUAAACAGCCUCGAGCAGCCACUGUCGCUUGCGUGUCAGUGUCGCAUCACCACUCGGCGCCACCUUCUGUCCAUCCAUGGCAACUUCUUUGAAAGUGCCUUUUUGCGCAUGAAGCUUCCAUCGAGAGUACACGAUUUUCUCAUGUACAGCGAGCUUGGUUUGCCAGAUGUCUGGGCAUCCGGUUAAGUCAAAGUGCCCACACACGUCUUCGCAUUGUGUAAGAUAUGUGUAAUUCAUGUUGCACGUGGCAGCUGACGAGUUUAUCUUCGUUACGACGUGUUGUAUAGAUGUGAUGUUAUUUUGUAGAUUUUGUACAUAUUGUAAGUCUAUAAAUGAUACAAGUAUCA